AUGGCGUCCUCCUCAAGGCCACAUCCCCUUGAUCCGUUAACACCACAGGAAAUCGCAACAACUGCAGACCACGUCCGGUCCGCAUUCGCAGGGCAAGAUGCAUACUUCCGAGUCAUCACUUUGUCCGAGCCUGCAAAGACCGAGAUGACUUUGUUUCUGGACGCAGAGCACGGUGACGGAGGACAGGUGUUGCCAUAUCCAGCGCGAUUGGCGAUGGUCCAGACCUUUCUGGGGCCCCGUAACAGUGAGAAUUUCUACCAGCUCAAAGUCAAUGUCGAGUCUGGGGAGAUUGUUCACAAGGAGCGACUGACUGGCUGCCAUCCUCAUGUCGACGCGAAUGAUAUGCAAAAGACGGAACGUGCCUGUCUGGAUGAUCCACAAGUUCAAGAGGCUAUCAAGAAUUUGAGAUUGCCUGAAGGUGCGAUCAUCAAGAUUGAGCCUUGGACUUAUGCUACUGAUGGGAUGAAUGAUAUGAAGCAGAAGAUCACUAUGUGUUAUUUCUAUAUGCAACUCAUCACGCACCCAGACGCGAAUCACUACGCUUACCCCUUGGACCUUGUGGUAGAAAUGUCCGGAGAUGCUCAGGUACUCAAGAUCUACUACCUUCCACAAGGCACUUCGAACGAGAUCAGCACCAUGGCCACACCAUACAACACGAAGAAAAUCCUUGAUUCGAGUAUUGAAUACCACCCGGAUCUGGUUCCAAACCACCGCACGACCACCAAGCCAUAUCACGUCUCUCAACCCGAAGGUCCAUCUUUCCAGGUCAAGGGCAACCUCAUAACUUGGGAGAAAUGGAGAUUUCGGGCCGGCUUCAACUAUCGCGAAGGUCUCACUCUGCAUGAUGUAAGAUAUGAUGGCCGGAGUCUCUUCUAUCGACUGUCACUUUCCGAAAUGUUCGUCCCCUACGGUGAUGGCCGUAUGCCAUACAAUCGAAAGGCAGCGUUUGACCUAGGCAAUGACGGAGCGGGUGUCAAUUCCAACAACUUGCAACUCGGGUGUGAUUGUCUCGGUCAUAUCAAAUACUUUGAUGGCUGGCAUACUACCAGCGACGGCACACCGAUCCAGAUCCCAAAUGCGGUGUGUUGCCACGAGGUCGACGACGGGAUUCUGUGGAAGCACACCAACUUCCGAACUGGCAAUGCUGUUGUGACACGUUCACGGGUUCUGGUCCUCCAGACCAUCAUAACUGUAAGCAACUAUGAAUACAUAUUCGCGUUCCAUUUCGGACAAGAUGCAUCCCUGCACUACGAAGUCCGCGCCACGGGUAUCGUCUCAACAGUCCCAAUAAAUAUCGGCGACAAUGUCCCCUUCGGCACAACUAUCGCCCCAGGCCUAAUGGCACCCUACCAUCAACACAUCUUCUCCCUCCGCAUCGACCCGGCCAUUGCCGGAUACAAGAAUUCUCUCCUGGUAGAAGAAUCCCAUCCAAUGCCACUCCAAGACCCCAAAGUCCACAACCCCUUCGGCAUCGGGUACACGACGACCUCACACAUCGUGUCGGACGAAUCCGGCCUGGACCUCGACCACACGGUCAACCGAACGUUCAAAAUCAUCAACGAAUCCGUCAUCAACCCGAUCACCAACGGACCGGUCGGGUUCAAGCUCGCACCCUUCUACAGCCAAAUGCUGCUGGCGCACCCGUCGUCGUACCACGCCAAACGCUCCGAAUUCGCGGCCCACGCCGUCUGGGUGACGCGGUAUCACGACGACGAGCUGUUCGCGGCCGGCGCACACACCAUGCAGUCGCUGGGCGGACAGGGCAUUGCGUCGUGGAUCCAGAACCGCAAGGAUCAAGAAGGCGGCCACCACUCCAGCGUCCGCGACCAAGAUAUCGUCGUCUGGCAUUCCUUCGGCUCCACCCAUAAUCCCCGCGUCGAGGAUUGGCCCGUCAUGCCGUGUGAAAAGAUGACCGUUGGGCUCAAGCCCGUCAAUUUCUUUACCGCCAAUCCGGCCAUGGAUGUCGCCGUGUCGACGCAGGAGCGGAAUCGGAGUGUUUUGGUUGAUGGGGCUGGUGGACCGGCUUUGACGAAUGGCCAUUGUGCGAGAUGA